AUGCCUAUUGCUCCCAUUAUCACUUUCAAGGCGGGCAAAUGUGAACUCGAAGUAAGUCCGCCUCCUUCGCAGGCUCGGCGCCCAGAUCCGACGCCCGGCUACAUCUACCUCUACUCCGAAGAUGAUCUUGUUCACUUCUGCUGGCGCCCACGUGGAGCGCCGAUGGAUACUCCGGAGCUAGAUUUGCUCAUGCUUCCUACCGAUGGCUCUUUCACCCCGUACGAGCCCAUGUCCGCAGAGAAUCCCACUCCAGAGAAGAAGCCCACAAAUGGCCGGAUAUACGUCCUCAGAUUCUCUUCCAGCUCACAACGCUACCUCUUCUGGCUCCAAUCCGGCUCACAACAUCCGAACAAAGACCCAGCAUGGUUCUCCGCUCGUGACUUGAAGCUCGGUGAGAUUGUCAACACUCUGUUGCUGGGUGAGGAUGUGAAUGUGGAGGAGGAAAUGGCAGCUGUUCCGCACGACAGCGACCGCCGGGAUGGUGGUGACGAUGACGAUGAAGCUAUGGAGGAUGUUGAAGGGACUAACCACGAUCACGGCUUUCAUCGUAGUGGCAGUGGAGGCGCUGGGCCAGGCGCCACUGGCGGCGAUAUUCGCGAAGAAGGCGAGGAGUCACGAGAGGGAGGUGCUGACGGUGGACGAGCAGCUGCGGCCGGUGAUAUGGACGCCAAUGCCAUCAUUCAGAACUUCAUCAACUCGAUGGGUGGCAAGCAGACAGGGCCUGGUCGGCAAGCCGCACAGGGCAAACUCUUCACAACGCUACAAGAUUUGCUCACGCCUGCAUCAACUAUUGCGUAUCUCGAACAAAUCAGCGAGCCUGAAGUCGAUCGGUUACUUCAAUACCUCCCACCCCAGCUCCUGACGCUCGCCAAAACGGCCGACGGUGUAUCAGAGGACUCCGACCUGAACCUCACUCAGAAGAAGUCCAUUUUGGCCCGCGUUCUCCGGUCGCCUCAAUUUACGCAGUCAAACUCCAGCCUGACGAUUGCGCUACGAGACGGAGGUCUCCCCAGCAUCGCCGAUGCACUUGGCGUGCAGGUCCAGAAUGGAGGUUUCAUGCGGGGUGGCGCCGUGCCUUUGGGCGGUGGCGAGGCCGUGGAAGCCUUCUUGGAAGGUGUCAAAGACCAGGUGAAGAAGGAGAGAGGAGAGGGUGGCGAUAGUAUGGAUACUCAGUAA